UCCACCUGUUUCUGGUCUUUAUGCUAAGCUAAGCUAACCAGCUGCUGGCUCUAAUUACACAUACCAGCUACAGACAUCAAGAAAGCAAAUAAGUCAGUCUCCUGAAAUGUUGUAAAUAUUCCUUAAGGCUUGGUUUGUAUUUUAUUAAUGAAUUCAAGCCAAUUCCUAACAUGUUUCUGUGUGUGUGUGCAUGUGUGUGUCCUUGACAGUGUGUGGGCAAUCAAUGGACAAACAGCCCCUCUCUCUUGGAAACUACUCUUCCCAUCAGGCUUAGCUGACCUGGUUUCAGUGCACAGUGGAGCAGUGUUAUCGUGUCACCACUCGCUCUGAUCUCAGAACAAAUUUCAGAUGCAGUGAACGUACUGUUAACGGCACUGUUGCAGAAAAGAUUAACAGGGUUGUUUAUUGCACAGGCCUGUUGAUCCCUCAGUCAUUUGAAUCUGCUGCCGUGACUUUUAACUCUUUUUUUCCCGUGUCAGCUGUGUCUAACUGACCAUUUGUUGGACUCUCCACCUCUGAAACUCUCUGCUCUUUUCUUCCAGAUUGGAUACGCUCUCUCCUCUUCCUCUUCCUCCCUCCGUCUGGCACUAGAGGAAGUGAGAGACAGUUGGCGCUUGCUUGUCCAUACUGUAUUGGUGGUGGCAAAAUGGCAGCUUCUGUCUCAGCCGUCCUCCUUCCUCUACCUCCCUCACCCUCUCCUGAGAGAAGUAACCCAGAUUUCCAAAUGAAUCGCUGCCUGUUCCCCUCAAUCUUUCUUCUCUCUCUCUCUCUCUCUCUCUCUCUGUCUCUCCGUCUCUCUCUCUUUCUCUCUCUCCAUCUCUCGUCCUCUUCUUAGUAAAAACAGAAUCAAUCUUGGAAAGAGAAUACCACCUCUCUAUCUCGUCCUCCUCCUCACCCUGCCGCUGGGUUAACGGAUAUAUACCACUUCACUCCUCUAUCUUUGGUUCCUAGAAAGCUUGAGUCUCUUGAAACGCUUGUUGCUUUUUGUCGUAAUAGGUUUUUCUUUUUUUUCCCUUUUUUUUUUUUUAAAAUUAAAUCUCGGCUGAUUCUUUUCUACUCGCCACAGCACUACUUCUCUUGGUCUCUUCUUUCCAUCUUUCUUUUUUUUUGUGAGGUGACCAGCUACAGGUGUGACACAUUAGUCUGUCUUUUGAAGUGAGCCAAACGAGGAGAAGAGAAGGGGAAGAGGAAGAGAAGAAAGCUGACCUUUAGUCGAGCCUUUCCUCCGAAAACACCACAAAUUCAGGCAUCAUGUCGACCCCGGUCUCCCCUUCCCCCUCCCUGUCACCUUUGACACUGGCCUCCCCUGCAUCGGCGACCUCCCCGGGUGCCUCCCCUCUACCCUCGCCCCUCUCCCCCCCAGCCAGGGUGCCUGUGUUCCAGAGGAAGGGAGCGCUCAAACACAAGAGAAUUGUCGAGGUGAAAGACCAUCAGUUCACGGCUCGCUUCUUCAAACAGCCCACCUUCUGCAGCCACUGCACCGACUUCAUCUGGGGCAUCGGCAAACAGGGAUUCCAAUGUCAAGUCUGCAGUUUUGUGGUCCACAAAAGAUGUCACGAGUUUGUGACCUUCACUUGUCCCGGCUCUGUGGCGGCCCCCAGACCAGAUGACCUGAAGAGUCAGCACACAUUUAAGGUCCACACUUACUCCAGUCCCACCUUCUGCGACCACUGUGGCUCACUGCUGUACGGCCUCAUACACCAGGGCAUGAAAUGCGGCAGUUGUGACAUGAACGUGCAUCGACGAUGUGAGACCAGCGUUCCCAGUCUCUGUGGCCAGGACCACACAGAGAAGAGAGGGAGGAUCCACCUGACUGUCCGAGGAGAGAAGGAGGACGUCUUUGUCACAGUGCGGGAGGCUCGUAACCUGAUGCCCAUGGAUCCAAACGGCCUGUCAGACCCGUAUGUUAAACUGAAAUUGAUUCCGGACCCGAAGAGCCACAGCAAACAGAAGACCAAGACCAUCCGCUCAACACUCAAUCCCGUCUGGAAUGAGAGUUUCACCUUCUCAGUGCGCGGUCACCAGUGGGACAGGCGUCUGUCUGUGGAGGUGUGGGACUGGGACCGCACGUCCAGGAACGAUUUCAUGGGAGCGCUGUCAUUUGGAGUGAGUGAGAUCUUCAGGCGUCCUAUCAGUGGCUGGUUUAAACUGCUGGCCCAGGAUGAGGGAGAGUACUACAACAUUCCUGUGCCAGACCCGGACCUGCAGGAGCCCCAGCCAGACGGCACGACACCCUCGCUGCCUCAAGCACUACCUGCUGCGCUGUCUGAACCGUUCCCCACGGCCCUGUCCCCGACCCCUGUACCAUCCUGCCCGGUCAUCCACACUCCCGGCCCUGCCAAAGUCAGAGUGGGCAUCCACGACUUCAACUUCCUCAUGGUGCUGGGCAAAGGCAGCUUUGGCAAGGUGCUGCUGGCAGAGGAGCGAGGCAGCGAGCGUCUGUUCGCAGUGAAAGUGUUGAAGAAAGACGUUCUCUUCCAGGACGAGGACACGGAGAGCGCCAUGGUGGAGAGGAGGGUUCUGGCGCUCUCCUCUCGCCCUCACUUCCUUACAUCGCUCUACUGCGCCUUCCAGACUGAGGAUCGUCUGUAUUAUGUGAUGGAAUACGUCAACGGUGGAGACCUGAUGUUUCACAUUCAGAUAGUUGGCAAGUUCAAAGAGCCUCACGCAGCGUUUUAUGCAGCGGAGAUAGCGGUCGGCCUCUUCUUCCUCCACAGCAAAGGCAUCAUCUACAGGGAUCUAAAGCUGGAUAACGUGCUGCUCGACAGCGAGGGCCACAUAAAGAUAGCAGACUUUGGGAUGUGCAGGGAGGGUAUGUUUGAGGGCGACACCACGCGCACCUUCUGCGGCACCCCUGACUACAUCGCCCCGGAGAUUGUGGCAUAUCAGCCCUAUGAUAAAGCAGUGGACUGGUGGUCCUAUGGAGUACUGUUGUAUGAAAUGCUGGCAGGACAGCCACCGUUUGAUGGUAUUGACGAGGAGGAGCUGUUUCAGUCCAUCAUGGAGCAGAGUGUCGUAUACCCCAAAAGUCUCACUCGUGAAGCUGUCGCAAUCUGCAAGGGACUCCUGACGAAACACCCGGCCAAGCGUCUGGGUGGAGGAGAGGAUGCAGAGAGAGAAAUCAGAGAGCAUCCAUUCUUCCGCUGGAUUGACUGGGACCGUCUGGAGAGACUGGAGAUCCAGGCGCCCUUCAAACCCAGAACUGGUGGAAGAAAAGGCGAAAAUUUCGACAAGUUCUUCACAGCGGCUCCGUCAGCGCUCACCCCCUCCGACCCAGAUGUACUAGCAGCCAUCACCCAGGAGGACUUCCAGGGCUUCACCUUCCAAAACCCAGACUUUGCCCCUUCGCCUCUCACCGCUGUUUGAAAACGGCUCCCACACCUGCUCCAAAAUCUACCUUAUCAAUCCCCUUAAUAGUAGUUUUAUAACAGAGAAUUUGAGCUAGCGAGUAUUAAAGACACCUCUCAUAACCAAAUUCUGACGUUUACAUGAAAAUGCCAAGACACCUUUAUAUUCAUGCACUCUCUUUGUUGUAUGUAUAAUAUCUUGAUAGUCACAGAAUAUGUUGCAGCAAUACAAACAGAGCCAGUAUUGUACUGUAGACUUCCAUCUUAGAGGUUUUUUUUGUAAGACAUCCCUUAACUUGAUAUAAGAGUACUGUAGUAUGGAGUGGAGAAAUGAGUCUCUUUUGCAUGCAGUGUUUUUAGAAUGAAUUGCUUCGACACACUAGUUUUCUAGAGUUAUAGAUUAUCCAGGAAGAUAUUCCCUGUGUGACUUUACAACCAAUUUAUUUCAAACUUUUUCCAUUACUCUGAUUAGAAUCAUCUUUUGUGGCGAGAAGCCGUAUUUUACGAAACAAUUACAAGGUCAGGUUUUCUCAUACAGCUACACAGGCCACAUAGCAGGUCACUUUUUAAAACACUUUGCAGCUCAUACACAUGAUUAAAAAUGUUUCUUAGCAGGUAUAUUCCAGUCGAAUAUUACAUCUUUACACAGCACUGUUAUUCAGCAUCAGAAGCACGAUUAUGUGUCUUUCUAAAUAUCUCUCUCACUCUAUUUGUAUGUGAGUGUUGACACUUUGACUGUGAUGCAAACUGAGCGAGUAGCCUUUAUAUAUCAGACUGGCGGCCUGUGGAAGAGCUCAGUCAGGUUCCUCUGGCCUGGCCCGAACUCUCAGUUUAACGUCACACCGGUGACCUCAGAUGAUCCACUGAGAUGCUGAAACAACGCAGCGGGCGCAAUGUGACAGUUAAUGUGCAGUGCCACCCCCCCAGCUCAUGCCCACUCAGCCUGACUCAGUGGGAGGAAGUCCUCACGUCACUGCCACAGUUUGGGCUUCAUAAUUUUUCAUUCACGUGAUUGUUUUCUCUUAUUAUUCCUGAGCGAGCUGUAAUCCUAUCAGCACUGCAAUAUACAGUAUCUCUGCUCCUUAAUGACAUCCGACAACUGCACUGAAAUAUGCAUUCACAGUCUCAGAAAAUAUGCCUCUUAAUAAAGACGCUUGUGCAGAUACAAGCACUUUAUUAUUUUUGUGGUGUAUACCAUAAAGCUUUUUGCUGUGUAAUGACGUACUCACAGCAUUGAUCAGGCGUAAUUAAAAGUGAGGCUCACUGGGACUGUUCAAUACAUGGAAAAAAUAAUAGCAGUGCUGUCAUUAAACACUAUCUGAGCGGGGCAGGUGGCUGCAAACAUUCAGUUUAAUUAUCCCAUUUCAGUGCUCUUAUCUCACAAGCCAGCUCCCACAGAAAUCUGGUUUUCUUUAAUGCAUCUUUAUGACUUUUUCAAUCUACAUAAUAUUUUAGCAGACUAAUAAUUAUAACCAUCAUCCAGAGGAGCACAAUCCUACAGAUUUGCUUCAGAGGAACAGUGUGUACGAUUUAGGGGGAUUUAGUAGUAUCUAGCAGUGAGGAUUACAGAUGGAAACUUCUCCUGGUUAGGAUUCCUUACCAGGAGCUGAAUUAUCCACAGAGGUCUCUUCCUCUCCAAAACAGGACCAGGAACAGGCCAUUAAAACUCGUACAGACACUAAAUAAACCAGUUUCAGGUUUAAAAUCAGUGUUUUUCCUACGCUAUUUGGCACGUUGUAGGCAGACAGCUUGCCCAGCACCUGUUAUUGUGUGCUCACCUACUUUCUCUUAUAACCUAAGAUCCAAAUGUUUAGGAGGUUUUUACCAGGAGCCAAAUUAUCCUUAGAGGUGUCUUCUUAUCCAAAACAAAUGGACCAGGUGAUUUAAACCCAUUAAUACACUGAAUGAAGCAGUUUCACUUUAUAAAUCAGUGUUUUACCGAUGCUGUUCAGCAUGUCAGAGACGGGUCGCUAGCUCACCUACUAAUGUGUGCUUGCUUUUUUCUGAUCCCGGUGUUCAGGAGGUUUUUAGCGUGAGCCGAAUUAUCCACAGAGGUCGCAUCCUCUACAAAACAAACUGAUGCAUUUAAACCAGUAAAAACGCAAAAUAAAGCAGUUUCACAUGAAUAAAAUCAGCGUUAUUUUGUCCUGAUGAAAAAAAAGGGGUUGCUAAUUACGAUGGCUGAUGUGAAAAUGCGAGUGGCCCUAUCUAGAGCCAGUGUUUGGUUUGUCUUUUUUGGGCUAUUGUAGAAACAUGGCGAUCUCCGUAGACGAGGACCUGAUAACCUAUGGUCCAGACGUUCAGGCAGUUUUUACUGGGAGCCAAAUUAUCCGCAGAGGUUUCUUCCCAACAAUUUCUCAUCCCAAGUCAUCACAUAUUGCGGCUUUGUUAGUGGCCUUUCACAUCUACAUAUUAAGCACUAGGUAUCCUUCUGCGUUUGAUGUUGACGUUUCAGGACGCCUCAACCAAUGCUGGGAUGUCAGAAAAGCAGAAAAGCACCAGGCUCCUGGGUGAAAGUCCGGGGUUUGUUGAGUCAGAUGUCUGACUUGACUCAACGACUUCGGUCUGUCUAAACACCGAAGUCACUGACAAAGCCACAGUGUUUGAUGACUUCAGAAUGAGAAUGGGCUGAACACACAGACCAGGGGUCUCGUUUAUAAAACAGUGCAUAGGAUCCAUACUAGAAAUGUACAUAUGGACCACAGCCAAAAAUGGCAUGCACCAAAAAAUAGCUCUUCAAUCUACAACCAGGCUUCCACCUCACCAUCUGCGUCGCCAAUUUCACGUCUCAAAAAUGUCCGUAAGCAUGGGUCAAAGUUUCUCUCAUCAAGUCUGUUUUUAUAGAUCACAACUUUUCUCUUGUAAAUGGCGUAUGCUUCUUUCAGGCCUUGUACGCAAUGUUUAUACAUGAGACCCCAGGUGAAUUAAACCUGUAAAAAAAUUAAUGAAGCAGUUUUAUUUAUUUAUUUUUUUUAUUUAUCUCAGUGCAUAGGGGCUGCUAACUACAUUGGCCAGUGCGAAAAUGGAAAAUUGCCCUAUCUAGAGCCAGUGUUUGGUUUGUCCAUUCUGGGCUACUGUAGAAACAUGGCAGUAAAACAUGGCAAUCUCCAUAGAUAAGGACCCACUCGCUAUGUAGAUAUACACUGCUUUUUGUGAGGUAACAAGAUUAUAAACUAAUAGAAAAUGUACUUAUUAUAUUAUAUUCCAUUUCUGGUAAUAUAUCCCCCUCAUUCCUACACACUGGACCUUUAAAUGCUCAUGUGUGUGUCCCUUUAAACGUGGCCGGCAGUAAAAGGUCGGAGAAGUUCAUCCGAUCGCCUCAGCUCAGUUUGAUUCGAGGUCAAAUGUCCCAACACAAGCAAUACUUCAAUACGAUAGAGAAUGCAAUCAAUAAUUAAUGAUACAAUAGAUAAUUUAUGGAUUGAUGUAUCUGUUAGUUGAGUUAACUUCUGUUUUUAUCUGCUGGAAAAAAAAGAACAUCGAAAUAAACUCACUGAA